CCCCCCCCCCCGACUACGAGGCGAUAUUCUUUUUUUACGCGGAAGCCGCAGAUGAUGAUAUAAAAUGUCUGCAAAAUCCACGUGCCUGAUAGUGGCGAGCGCUGCCCCUCAAGGGGUUUCGGCGAGAUCAUUCCACCAGUCCUUCAGUCUUUGCAGCCCCGUGUUCAGCCUACAGACAGCAACGCCAGGGGGGAAGCCCAUUGACUUUGUUGAAGUGGAUGAAAGCACUUCCAGAUGGGUACAGGACUUCAGUGGGAAACCAUAUGCAACACCAGCCAAGCUUGAAUCUAUAGAUGGUGCCCGGUAUCAAGCGCUACUCAUCCCAGAUUGUCCUGGAGCUGUGAAAGACCUUGCACACAGUGGCUCUCUGCAUCGCAUUCUCACACACUUCAUCUCUCAGCAAAAGCCGGUGUGUGCUGUGGGACAAGGAGUAUCGGCUUUAUGUUGUGCCACUGAGGGACAGAAGUGGAUCCUCAGUGGCUACAGUCUGACAGGGCCAUCGGUUUUUGAGCUGGUGCGGACACCUGACUUUGCCAACCUGCCCUUGAUAGUAGAAGACUUUGUAAAAGACAGUGGAGGAUCGUACACAGCCAGUCAAGAGGACGCCAUGCAUGUAGUAGUAGACAGACACCUAAUAACUGGUCAGAAUAUCCAAUCAACAUCAGUUGCUGUGAAUAAUCUAAUCUUGCUCUGUAAUGGCAAAUUAUAGCCCUAGACUAUGUAGA